CCGACCUGGCGCUGAAGCCGCCGCAGCCACAGCAGGCUAGCAGCGGCUCUCCACGCCAAGUGCCGUGAGCCGGGUGGGCGGAGCCGAGCCAAGCGCCGGGGCGUGUAUUCCGUGGAUCUACAGUGCGAGGCCACGAGCUAUAAUUUCACCUGCAGCCAUUUGUCAAGGCUACAGCGGUUGGACGGCACCGCAGAGCCUCCGGCGAGAGCAGCCGCCGCGGCAACGCGCCUCGCUCUCUGACCAAAGGAGUCGCGCCCAAUGAACGGCAAGGCCAGCUGCCAAGGCGGGAUGGAGGAGGGAUUUGUGUCUUUGUGAAAAUCUGCGGUAUACAUUCAACACCCAACUAAAAUGAAUCACCAGUGGGAAACAUUGCAGAGAAAGAAGAAUGCAAUAUUAGUGGAUGGUGUAAUUUUAAAUGGCCCAGUAGCAGAUUCAAAAGCAGGAGAGCAAUUUAUAGAAGAGGCCAAUAAGAUCAUAAUGGAGGAGGUGAUAAAGAAAGCGGCAGAUGCAACAGAAAAGGUGUGUGAAUGGCAGCCUCCUGAAAAGCUGAAAACAUUGCUUGAUUUAGAAUUGAAAGACACCGGAGAGACCCACCAGAGACUCUUGCAGUUUUGCCAGGAUGUCAUACGUUUCAGUGUCAAAACUAAUCACCCAAGAUUUUUUAAUCAGUUGUAUGCUGGUAUUGAUUAUUACUCUUUGGCAGCGCGUUUUGUUACAGAAGCAUUAAACCCGAGUGUAUAUACCUAUGAAGUGUCCCCAGUGUUUUUGUUAGUGGAAGAAGCAGUCCUAAAGAAAAUGAUUGAAUUUAUUGGGUGGGAAGAAGGUGAUGGUAUAUUUAAUCCAGGUGGUUCUGUUUCUAAUAUGUAUGCAAUGAACUUAGCAAGAUACAAAUACUGCCCUGACAUAAAGGAAAUGGGACUUUCGGGGAUGCCUCGACUGGUGGUAUUUACAUCAGAAGAGUGUCAUUACUCCGUGAAGAAGGCGGCAUCUUUUUUGGGAAUUGGCACACAAAAUGUUUACUUCAUCAAAACUGAUGAAAGAGGUAAGAUGAUACCUGAGGAACUGGAGAAACAAGUCCAGCGGGCCAGGAAAGAGGGUUCAGCACCAUUUUUUGUCAGUGCUACAGCUGGCACUACAGUUUUGGGAGCAUUUGAUCCUCUGAAUGAAAUUGCCGACAUCUGUGAAAAACAUGACCUUUGGCUGCAUGUUGAUGCAUCAUGGGGAGGCUCAGCUUUGUUGUCAAGGAAGCAUCGCAAGCUUUUGCAAGGCGUCCACAGGGCUGAUUCGGUGGCAUGGAAUCCUCAUAAGAUGCUUAUGGCAGGGAUCCAGUGUUGUGCCCUUCUGGUAAAAGACACUUCUGACUUGCUUAAGAGAUGCUACUCUGCCAAUGCAUCAUAUCUGUUCCAGCAAGACAAGUUCUAUGACGUCAGCUAUGACACAGGAGACAAAUCAAUCCAGUGUAGCAGAAGAGCGGAUGCAUUUAAAUUCUGGAUGACAUGGAAGGCCCUGGGGACAACUGGCCUUGAGGAGAGAGUAAACAGAGCCCUUGCAUUAGCCAGAUAUCUAGUGGAUGAAAUUAAGAAGAGAGAAGGAUUCCAGCUGCUGUUGGAGCCGGAGUAUACAAAUAUUUGCUUCUGGUACAUUCCACCUAGUUUGAGAAAUAUGGAGAGAGGACCCGAGUUCUGGGAGAAGCUCAGUCAUGUUGCACCCAUCCUUAAAGAGAGAAUGAUGAAAAAAGGCAGCAUGAUGUUGGGGUACCAGCCACAUUGUGGCAAAGUUAAUUUCUUCCGCCAGGUCAUUAUCAGCCCUCAGGUGAGCCGUGAGGACAUGGACUUCCUGCUUGAUGAGAUCGACUCACUUGGCAAAGACUUGUAGUUCAGGUUUUGCAACACUAGGUUUUAUUUUGUGUGUGUGUGUGUGUAUAGAGUUUACAGCAGGGUUGUCCAGCCUGUAGCCAUCCAAAUGUUGCUGGACUACAACGCCAAUAAUGUGUGACCAUUGGCCAUGGCCAUUCUGGCUGGGGGCUGAUGGGAGCUGGAGUCCAACAAUGUCUGGAGGGCCACAGGUUAGCCACCCCUGUGCCCAGUUUCCUGGAGUAAGCUUCAUUGAAUUCUGGGACUGACUUUUGAGUAGGCAUGCAUAGGAUUGUACUGUAAGAAUGUUGGUGACAUAAUUGUUUUAGACCAUGAAAUCCAUAGAUUAAUGCCCAACUGGCUGAAACCAAUGUUAGGAACACCAGGGGAACUGGCAGCCCAUUUUUUGACUGCCACUCAUAACAAAGACAUGAUGCUUUUUGAAAAGAUUUUUUGUGUGUCUAAUGUUGGUAUGUACUUAGCUGAUAACUUAAAAUGGUCCACAUUAACCGCUGACAUACAUUGUUAUAAAUUAGUUGAAGUGAAUGGAGUUAAGCCAUUGCUGUAGUAGGGCUAAGUGAAGCCCAGUGAGUAUUAAGUAAAGAAGUACCUUUGUAUGCAUUGUGAAAAUUCGAGGUUAGAGGUUCAGGGUUGAUGAAGCUCUGCUGAUGAGAGAAUUGUUCUUACCAAAAUUCUAACUAUUAAAUGAAGUGUUGUAUGACUGGUUGAACAUUUAUCAUCAACUUCCUUUUUCCCCCCUGGAAACAUCCAAAAUGUUCCGUAGAGAUCAAAAUAUUGAGUUCAAUCCAGACUAAGUAAUUGUACUCAAAAUCAAUGGGGAAUGUUAGUCAAGAUUAAUUUAGAUCCUGUUGAAAUCAAGUGUGGUGGUUUAGGCUGCAAUCUGAUGCAUGUCUACUCAGAAGUAAGCUCCAUUGGGUUCAGUGGAACUUACUCCCAGGUAAGUGUGUAUUGGAUUGCAGCCUGAGUCUGGAUCCACCCCAUAGCAAUUUAUGCAUCAUCGUGUUAUUUUUUUAACCCUUUGGGGGGAAAUUGUUUAUAGUUUCCAAAUCACAGUUUGUACUAAAUUUAUAUUGGUAAAACAUCACCAAGGUAUUUCUUAAGCAUUUUAGGGGCAUAUUCAAAUUCAAGAAAUUUUACAUGUAUAUAUCUCUCUCUCCUAGAGUUGUAUUUUUUUAUGCUGUAUUGCUAUUUAAGGUAAGGAUUACUGUAUUGAUUCAUCCACUGGUGCGUUUCUAAAGAUGUACAAACUAUAAAAUUUCAUUUGAGCAAAGUAUAAAUGGGGGGAUUACACUAAAAUAAUACAGGUGUGUAAUUAGUUUAAAUUUGUUCGUAAUAUUCUGAUAGAGACAUAAUUUUACAGUAAAUAUUUUUGUGAAGCUGAAAAGACUCAUAAUAAGUUUAAUCCAUUCGAUUUAAUUUGUUUAUUACAGUGUGUUUUAACAAAUUGCUUUGUCAUGGUCAUGUUCUUCCAUUAUUACUGUAUGUAGGAGUUCUGAUCUAUUUGUUAACCUGAAUUUGAAGAUUACGUUUGUGGCAUGGUGUAAUAAUUAAUUUAUUAGACAUUUGUAUUUUACCAGCUUCUGUGGGAUCUAUGUAAUGUGUAUAGUGUAGAAAAGAAUUGCAUAAUAUUACUUUUUUAGUAGCAUAUUUAAGUCUAAUGUGCAAAAUUC